CACAUGAAGAUGUCGACGAAGUGAAGAAGAAAAAGAAGAAAGUAUUAAGUGAGAAACCAAAGACUAUAAAGCCCCAGAAGAGUGCUGCAGCAAAAGACAAGGGCAUAGAGUUACUGAAUUACAAGAGCCUUCAGAAUGGCAUGUUGUUCCUGGGUUGUGUGAAAGAAGCAAAAGACUUUGAGUUGGCGGUAAACUUGCCUUACGGUUUCACGGGCUACGUCCAGGCAACUAAUGUUUGUGAGGCCUACACCAGAUUGCUUAAUGAGCAGGUUGAAAAAGAUGAACCACUGGAGGCUCUGUCACCGCUCUCGGUCCUGUACUCACCAGGGAUGCUGGUUAGAUGCGUGGUUAGUAGCCUGGAGACCACGUCUGGUGGCUACCACAGCAUCAAAUUGUCUCUGAACCCCAAACUGGUCAAUGCGGAUCUCAUGUCGCGGUCUUUGCAAAUGGGCAUGUUUCUCUGCGGCUGUGUGUCCAGCAUUGAAGAUCACGGAUAUCUCAUAGAUGUAGGGAUUGGAGGAACUAAAGCUUUCUUGCCGCGUCAGAAGGCCCAAGUGUACCUAAAUCAGACAAGUACAGCUGCAUCUCUGCGGGUCGGUCAGUAUUUAAACUGUGUGAUUGACGAAGUAAAGAACGAUGGCCGAAUUAUACGCCUGUCCAUCACGCAGUCUGAUGUGGCAGCAGCUAUUGCCACAGAGGAGCAGGAGUGGACCCUGAAUAAUCUUCUGCCAGGUCUGGUGGUAAAAGCUCAGAUUCAGAAGAUCCUAACUGACCGAGUCAUCCUAUCCUUCCUGUCCUCCUACACUGGGGUUGUGGAUUUCUUGCACUUGGAGUCCAAGAAAGUCAGUUCUUACAAGGAAGAUCAGACCGUGAAAGCCUGUAUCUUAUGGAUUGACAGAUCUUCCAAGACCAUCAGACUGACCCUCCACAAGUGCUUCUUGCAGCCCGGGGGCUCUGUGAAGCAGCUGAGCAGUGACUGCAUCGGCACUCUGUACGAGAGCUGCACAGUGAAAUCCUUGCAUAAGAGUGCGGGCGCUGUCUUUCAGAUCGAUGGAAAAGAAUUUGGUUUUGCAUUUAAGAAAAACCUUGGUGUUUCAAAGUCAAAACCUCUGAAUACGUUCAACGAAGGAACAGUCCAUAAGGGGCGAGUCGUGGGCUUUAGCCCUAUGGAUGAGAUACUUCUGCUGUCUUUCAAAGCAGAUGUUAUUGGAAACCUUUAUUUGAGGCUUGAAGACGUGCAGGUUGGACACAUUCUGGAGGGUACUGUAAAUAGUCUAACACCGGUAGGAAUGGUAGUGGAUAUCACAAAGCGCCUCAAUGGCCUUGUACCUACGCUUCACCUAGCCGAUGUCACCCUGCACCAACCAGAGAAGAAAUACACUCCUGGGAGCAAGAUCAAGUGCAGGGUUCUAAGUGUGGAUCCAUCAGCCAAGAAAUUGAUCUUGACCAGGAAAAAAAUUAUGAUCAACUCACAGUUGCCUAUCCUGACCACCUACCGCGAUGCUACACCUGGUCUGGUCACUCAUGGCUUUAUUUGGACAAUAAAAGAUUUUGGAUGCAUUGUCAAGUUUUAUAACAAUGUCCAAGGGCUGGCGCCGGUUCGGGAGCUGAGCUCUGCAUUCAUUUCCUCACCAGAAGAAGUUUUCUAUAAAGGACAGGUGGUUAAAGUAAGAGUAUUGGAGUGUAAUCCUGAGAAAGAGACUCUUCUGCUGUCCUUCAAGAUCUUAUCCGACGAGGAGACUGCAGUCAAGAAGACCAAGUCUUCCAAAAAGAGCAUUGAAUAUGGGAAGAUUGUUGAUGUGAGAAUUGUAAGUAAGGCAGACGAGGGGCUCGAUGUGCUGAUUCUGCCUGAGGAAAGUCCUGCGUUUCUUCCUAAGGCUCAUCUUUCUGAUCACAUCGCCAUUAGUGAGCUCUUGUGGCACAGUUUGAAGGAGGGUGAUCCCCUCACUGGAGUAAUGGUCCGGAGCCUGUUCAAAGGCAGAACUAUACUAACCAGAAAAUCUGCCCUGAUCUCCUUCAUGGAAAAGGAGCCGGUUGUCAAUGACGUCUCUAAAGUGACGGUUGGGAUGGUGUUCACCGGAUUUGUGAAAAAUAUAAUGCCGUAUGGUAUCUUUGUGGAGUUCCCAUAUGGAUUUAUUGGUCUGGCUCCCAAAUCGAAAAUCAGUGACAAGUUUGUGACGAACAUCCAUGACCAUUUUGCGCUGGGGCAGACGGUGGUUGCAAAAGUGACAAAUAUAGAUGAGCAGACGAGACGCAUCCUGGUAACCCUGAAGAUGUCCCAGUGUGCCCCCGACGACCGCUCGGCCGAGAGCUUUUCACGUCUGAGCCAGUGCUUCAGAGAAGUCCAGCUCUCGAGGAGUCUUCUUAGCAGAGAUGAGCAUCUGGAGGAUGGUGAGAGCAUUUACUCAUUAGUCCCAGGGAAGAAGCUGACCCUCGUAGUUGAGGAGGUGAAGGAAGAUGGUUCAGUCCUGUUUGGCGUCAGUCGGAUCUCUGGUGCUCAGAAAAUAUCUGCAGCUCAACUUCAGGAGAAAGCAAAAACGUUGGUCACAGGACAGAAGGCAAAGGUUGUGGUGCUACAUGUCGAUCUCCUGAAGUCCCAUGUUCACGUCUCUGUGGAUGAGACUCUUCUGAGAAAACCUAAAGACACAGUUGUUGAAGGCACAACGCAUUCUGCUGUGGUACAGCACGUGGCAGAAGAAUUUGCAGUCGUGUCCUUGGAAGACACGGCUCAUCUUGCAGCUAUCCCACUCACAAGUCACUAUAAUGACACUUAUCGAUUUGACUCAGAAAAGUUACUAUUUGGAGAGAAAAUCUUGGCGACAGUGAAGAGUUCCAGUACUGAUGAAUAUGGCCUCCUCCUGGCAGUCCAACAUACCACUGGAGCGGAGGAAAAGCUCCACAAAGCCACUAUGGCCCUUGUGAAAAAGAAGCCAAUGAUUGGGGAAGUGGUCACGGGGACGGUAAAAAGUGUGAAGCCCACUAGUGUAAUGGUUUCUGUAACUGAUAAACUAGUUGGGGCGAUCCAUGCCUCCCAAAUAUUGGAUGAAGUGCCGGACGGGGUCCUCCCUACGUCCAAGCUGAGGAUUAAGCAAAAUGUAACCUGUCGGGUAAUAGGAGGACGAGAUGUGAAGACUCACAGAUUCCUCCCAAUUACUCACCCACAUUUGAUGAAGUCCAUUCUGGAGCUCAGUAUCCUCCCGAGUCUGAUGGACACCAACGAGAAGAUUCCAAACCUCAGAUCUGUGAAGAUGUACUUGCCUGGGGAGAAGGUGACCUGCUUUGUGGUCAAGUACAAGAAGCAGGAAAAGCAUCUCGAGGUGGAGAUCACUCCUGCCAUCCAUGGGCGAGUUGAACUCCUUCUGCUCUCGAAGUCAAGCAAGGUAUUGAAGCGGCCUGAAAGGUAUUUCAAGCAAGGGCAGGCAGUGUCGGCUACUGUGGUUGGAACGGGCUUUUCCCCAAGAGCACUCCCUCUGUCGCUCAUAGACAUGCACGCCCUGACAGAAGGUUGUGUGACCACUGGUUGCGUGAAAAGCAUAAGCCCAAACUCUGGUUUAGAAAUAUCAUUGCCCUUUAAAAAGACCGGAAAAGCCAGCCUCUUCCAUUUGGGCGACUGCUAUGCUGAGAGUCCUGUGAAGAACUUUACCGUCGGGAUGUUUGUCAGGUGCUACAUACUGUCUGUGGAAAAGACCAUUGAGGUGUCCCUUAGGAAGUCUCGGACAUGUCCAGAGUCUGCGAAUGAAGUGACGGAUAAAGAAAUCGCCUCCGUAGACAACCUGGAGGCAGGACAGUUGGUGUCAGGUUUUGUUGGAGCGGUUACAGAAAAGGGGAUCUUCUUCCGGUUAUCGGGCUCCAUUGUCGGCCGUGUUGAGUUUAGGCAUGCUAGUAAUUACUUUAUUGAAGACCCUAAAACAUACUCUUCAUAUAUCCCAGAAGGAGCCCUGCUUACAGCCAAAAUUCUGUCAAUUGACAGAAAAAAGCAGCACUUGGAGCUCUCCCUUCUCUCUAAGGACACGGGAAAACCAGAUGUCAUUCCAAAGUUGGAAAGUUUCACCUUGAGGAAUAAAAUGCUUUCUAAGAGGAGGAGAUCAGAGUCUGAAAGUGAAGACAAGGUCACUAAAAAGAGAGCAGAAGAAGAAAACACAAGAAGAGCCUCAAGAUGACGAGGACAGCGGUGUGGAGGUUUACUGCAGAGAGAAUGAAACCGAAACUGAAAAAACUAACAAAAAAAACACGGCUGAUGGUAAGCCUCCUGCCCCGCGCCUCCAGGUGUCUUCUGGAUUCUCCUGGAAUGUCGACCUAAAUAACCUCAAAACUUCUAUAGCUGGUGGAAACCAGAGCAGUUCAGACAGUGA